AUGGCAUGCUCAAAAAUAUUUUCAGGAGAUUUACCUGAACUAUCCUAUGAAAUUAUACAGUAUUUUAGAAAAGAUAUUUCAACAUUAUAUUCAUGUAUUUUAGUUAAUAGAUUAUGGUGUCGUUUAGCCAUUCCAUUAAUAUGGGAAGAUCCAUUUUCACUUCUUACUCAAAAUUCUCGUUAUAUUAAUACUUAUUUAUGCUUUUUAAAUGAAGAUGGCAAAGCAAGAUUUAAUGAAUAUGGAAUUAAUGAUAAUUUAUUACUUUUGAAUACAUCAUUCAAUUAUCCUAGAUUUAUUAAAUACUUAGAUACAUUUAAAAUUAGUAAUUCUGUUGAAGAUUGGGUUAUUACUUUAAAGUAUAAAUACAAUCAUAUGCUAGGAAAAUUAGUUUAUAGGUCAUUAAUUGAAGUAUUGCUCAUUGAAAAUGAAGUAAAUUCACAUUCUUUUGAAGUUGUAUUGGACAUGAAUUUUACUUAUACUAGUUAUUUUGAUGAUACUGUAGACUCGAUUUUACAAAAUCCAAACCUUACAUACAAUAUUAGAGGGUUAACACUCAGUUAUGUUUCCUUAUUUGAAUCGGAAAAUAUCUUUUUAUUUUUAAAAAUUUUUUGUUCUAAUUACAAUUCAAUCUCAUCGAUUGUUUUUAAAUUUCCUAAAUAUAGAAUUAAAAUCAAAAAUUAUAAAUUAGUUGAAAAUUAUUUAUCACCAAUAAUUAUUUCACAAAAUAAUCUCAAAAAAAUUUCAUUUGAAUCUUUUGUUAAUUUAUAUAGUACAUUUUUAAUAUUAAAAAAUUCUAAUUGUUCAAAUACUUUAAAUACAAUUAUAUUUUAUUUCAUUAAUUUUAAAAAUAUAAUUGGUAUUUUACAAGAGGUUUUUGAUCAAUUGAAUGUUUUAGAAUCUAUUCACAUCAUUUAUUGUGAUUCUUUAGAUUCUGAUUUUGUUCAACAAAUUUUUAAGGUUAUUAAACCUUUUAAAUUAAGAUCUUUGUUUAUGAAAGAAACAAUACCUAAUGAUCAUAUUGAAUCAUUACUAUUAUUAUUACAGAAAUUUAGUGAUUGUUUAGAAAAUUUUGGAUUUGAAAGUGGAGAAAUAGGACAAGUCUUUUAUAGAAUACAAAAACAACAAUUAUUUGAAUUUAUUAUGAAAUAUUGUAAAAAGAUUAGAUAUUUUUAUUCGGGUAUACCUUAUUAUGGUAAUAACAGUAUUUACUUAUUCAUUGAAAAGAAUCAACAUAAUAUUAAUUAUCUUACUAUCGAAGCGGAUAUUACUAGUUAUUAUGAUUAUGGGGAAUUAAGUUCAACUGUAUUACAGAAUUUAGGACAGGUUCUUCCUUCUAGGUUAGAAUAUUUAUGUUUAGCUCUUUCUUUUAUUACAAGUGAUCUAGAAAUAUUUUUAAAUAAUUCACAAAAUACUUUUAUUAAGAAAUUAUUAAUUAGUAAUAAAUUCCAGUAUACACCCCUGAGAAAAGAAGAUACAGAAAUUUUAUUUUUUAUAAAGAAAUAUAUUAUGAAAAAGGAAAGGGUUAAAUAUUUGGCUAUUGUAGAAUCAGAUUCUAAUGCUAGUACAGAACCUGUCGAAUUAUUUUUUUUAAAAAACGAAGUAAAUGAAUAUAAAUUAAAUAAUAUUAUAGUUCAAAAAUAUAAUGAUUUAUAUAUUGAUGCACAUAGUUAUAUAAAUAACCAUUUACAAUAUUAA